AUGGGCUGGGCAGCUGCAGCGCUGAUUUACCUGACGCUCAACAUCAUUUUCGCAGUCCAGGAAGGCAUCCACGGAAGUGAUGGCGAGUUCCGCAUCGCGUGGUUCGCCUUUGUGCUUGCAACGGUGAUGUUCAGCUGCGUUCGCGCGCAUGUUCUGAGGUACGAAUUCCUGGUUGCCAGGAAGCUGCCAAAGCUGGAGUCGGAGCCGGAAGGCUUCGACGACUCGCGAGGCCACUUCAUGGCGCAAGCGCAGGCCAGCCCCAUGUGGCUUCAACCGCCGCAGGGCCUGCCGCUGCCCUCGCCCAUGCUGCUGCAGUGGGAGGACCCUCGCUUGGACUUACCCACCGCGGAGCAGCAGAGUGACCUGGCGAACAAGGCACAUCAGUUGGAGGCGCUGCAGAACUACCUGGUCUCCCUGCAGCGGGCAGUGCAGGUGGAGCGCGAGAAGGUGACCCAAGAGGCGCCGAGCUGGGAGCAGCCUGCCAGCUGCGAGCAAAGCGCGCAGCUACGCUCAGAGGCCCAAGCCGCAAGCCCGCAGCUUGCGGCCCUGUCGGAGAACAUGGCGCAAGCGGAGGACUUCGCAACAAAGAUCCACCAGUGGUUCGCCUCCGAGGGCCCAAAGAUCAAAGGCUAUCAGGAGUCGACAGAUCCCUCCGUGGUCUUGGUGCAAGACAUCCGCGGCAUCCGCCAGCAGGUGGGCCUGCUGGGCAGUCGCUGGCAGCAGCUGCAGGUGCUGCUGGGCAAAGAGGCCAGCCUGAGCGAGAGCGGGCGGGCGCCCAGCAAGGAGGUGGGACGAGCUGCAGGCCUUCAGGCUGCAGGCCAGCGGCUGCAGGCAGGUUGA